AUGGCUACAAAUAAGAUUACACCUCCACCAGAAGCAACAGUCACUCCUAUCGAUGCGUCAGGUCCUCCGGAAAAAUAUAACAUAUCAUUUGGAUGUCACCACUUUGUUGUCGAAUUAUCCAAGGUGCCUUGGUUGGGAGCGUAUAUCGAUUUGGUGCCAAGAGACAAUGCAAGUUAUACUCAGCCUGGCUAUGAGAGCGAAUACGAGCCAGGCCAGUCCGUUCCCUACUUAUUCAUAGCUGCCCAGGGAAUCAUAAAUGGAUAUUAUUUCUGCUUCAAUAUGCUUCCUCCCAAGCUUUCACAUUACUAUAGACUCUGCCAAGCACUUGAUGCUAUAUCAGCCGAAAAUUUGACAUCAAACCUCGAGUCUCUACAGGGACUAUGGACUUCAAUUGCAUUUUAUGGGGAUCCAAACACUUCCCAAGAUGUCAGAAUACUCCACAGGGCAAGAGCUGGCACUGCUGCGUUCAAAUUUGUGUAUUUGAUGAUAUUGGGCGACUUUCCCCCCGUCUCCGAAGUUCCAAAAGGGAAGCAAGAAUUGGCAUUAAGGUUUGUGAAGACCGUCUUGUCUAACCAAGAUGAUUUUAUAUGGGAGAUAAGAAAGGUAGUUCGAGCUGCAUAUCAAGUCCGAUUUGAAACCACUUGGGAUGAGUUUAAGAUGUUUGAUGAUUUUGGGGGGCAGACAGCAACGAAAUUAGAAGAUUUUGAGAUGAAAGAAGCAGCGAAAGAAGCGGCGAAAGAAGCGGCAGCGAAGGAAGAAGCAGAAAAGAAACAGGCAGCAAAGCAAAGGGCGUCAAUACAACAAGACAGGGAGUAG